UUCCUUGUGAGGACACGGAAGGUGCGCAACGAUAAGUUCAGGGGUUGAGAGAGAGAGAUGAGCCACGGUCAUGGCAGCAUCAGCCACCCAUUGGAAGUGGUGGGAACGGUCAUGGAGGUGGCAGAUGUCACCUGGAGCGCACUUGAGCAUUACCGCCAUCACCGCCAUCACGACGAUCACUCUGCUGCUGACGACCUAAAGUGUCCAUCAUCAGAGAAUGGCGAAUUGGCUUCUCUCUGCUCCGAGAAUGAACGCCUCCGAGGCUUACUUGAACAGAACAUCAGCCUUCUCCAAGAGAUUUCCAAAUCCCCUUCUCUAUUGAAAGAUUGCCCUCCCGAUCUGUACAAACGUCUUGUAGCUACUGUGGAUUCUAAAAAGUUCUUGAGCAAACUUGAGUCACUCCAUCAAGAAUCAUUGGAUGUGGCUAGCAACAAUUUUCCUUUCAAAGAAGUCACAGGUGCUGAUUUGCAAACAGUGGAAGUUCUGGUUAGUCUUGAUCGUGAAGAACCCAGUUGGUGGGUGUGGGUCUCAGAUGAAAAAAUUAGUGAAGAGUUGAGUGGAUUAGAUGAUGAAAAUUACGUGAUUGUUGGUGAGGAACAUGUGGUGGAGGGAGUUGCAAAUUUCAUGGCCAGAUGCAUUCUCUCCAACCCAAAAGCUAAGAAAUUAUCACCAGAGGAACUGCAGAAAACUAUAGCAAAAGCCUUGGGUGGCAUUAACAAAUGGGAGAAGAUGCUAAACGUUUGGCAUGCUGGGAAGAUGUUUUAUGCUUUAUCAACUUGGGGACUUGCUCUGUCUGGGUUGUACAGACAUCGUGCUAUAUUGAAAGCAGCUGCUAAGGGUGUCACAGCAACUAGCAAAAUUGUUCUUAGGGCUCUCUGAGCAUAGGAUGAUUUCUAUCAGCAAUUGUAUGAAAAGAAGUAGAACCUGUAAAUAAAUUAUUGAUAUUUCCUUGUGUUGGGUUUCAUGUACAGGUGAUGUUCCUUGUAAAUGAUGAUGGCUUUUGCAUU